UCAUGUGAGCUGUACACUGGAGUUAGAGAUAACACGGACUAUUAAAGUGAAAUAAACUUUCUUCUUUUUUGUUGGCUCGUUUUAGGGAGAAGUUUUCGCGUGUGACCUUAAAAGUGGAGUAAAGUGUGGGAACUUCGCAUGGUUACUUGGUCAAUCACGCCUCCCGCCAGGUGGAUGCAGACAGGGGUGUGCUCGAUUCACAACUUGCAGUGAAGAUAUAACCGAUCAGAUACACGUCGACUGACAAGCGUGAGAAAAACGAAAACGUGAGAGGUCGGGUCUGUGUGACGCGAUAUGAGGAAACUAAUUUCACCGUGAAAAUAAAAUUGAUCGUCGAAUUAGUUAUUGAAGCGUAGAGGAUUUACGUUGACAAGUGUGUGGUUAUACAUGUAUGGCUGCUUGUAAGAAUAGCGUAUGAGCAUUUUAAUUACGUGAAAAGUGUGAAAAGUACCGGUAUGUAUUCAAAGCGGAGUUAUGAUAUAUAGUGAACAUUAAACGUUAAAACGGGCAUCUGCAUAAACGUAUAUGAAAGCUAUGAUUAACGAUUAAUUUGUGUGCGUCGGCUCAUUGAUGCUCGUAAUAAGAGACCAUACAUUCUUGUUCAAUGAAAGAUUCGUCGUUUAACAUUGCGUUCAUCUGGAGUUACAAUGUGACACGGACUUUGAUGUGUGUGCACGAUAAACGCUCGCAUACCGUACUAUAAUGAAUACCGCAUUCCAGGGGCGAUAUGCAGUAUUUAAUUGUUUACAUGAACAUUUAGAACGAAUUUAAGCUCUACACAUAACUGCAAUGUUAUUAUCUACAAAAUAAAAGGAGCAUUAAAUAUCUGGAAGAUUCAUCAACGAAGGCAUUACAUCUGGGAACGUUUUGUGAAUAUGAAACUUGCAUGUUUAUACUGUGUAAACAAGGAUUAAAUAGGUUUACGGUGUUAACUUAACAGUGAGGUGGAAUGUGAAAUGAAAUAGUUAAAUCGAUGUGAACUGGAUUUAUUACUAAGCUUGCUUAUGUAUUUUAAACGGUUAAACAUUUGAGUUUUCAUUCUUGCCAUAAUUGUUAAUACCCGGAAUGUUAGUGUUGCGAUAUUUAUCUGAAAAUAAUUAUUUCGUUAUAGUUUAGUGUAAAAUGACCUUUAAAUUGGUCUCGUGAAGUUAAUCACGUUGGCAUCGUUUAAGUUUGUCCAGCGACAUCAGGCAGUGGAUAUUAUAGCAGGAUUUCUCCUGAAAUCUGAGAGAUGGGCGGCACCCUCUCAUGCGCGAGCGGUCAACGCAGCCCCGUGCACGAGGAUCACAUGCCGUAUGGAGCCCCUUUCGUGAAAGUGGAGCACGAAAGGGUUCAGCACGAGGACAACACCAAGGACUUGGUUAUAACAGAUCUUCCUACAACGACGCCGAACAACAAUAAUAACGUCAAAAGCACCAACAUUGGCAAAGAACAAGAGCCACACGAGAAAUCAUGGAAGUUCUGGAGAUCGCUGUCAACGCGGCGCUCCCGGAAGUCUCUUGUUCACAAUGGGACUGCAAAACCCAUCGAGGAUGGUGGCUUUGGUGUGCACGUUACCGUUAAUUUACCGGACGUCUUGGAUAACACUGACGUUUCUCCGAGCAAACUGGUCGACCCUCCACCGAAACCGCCCAGAGUGCUGCACACUGAUGCUGAUGAGUCAAUCACCGUGACGACGGCUCCGAUUUAUCAGAACGGAUUCCCGAGGCAGCUGAGUGGCGUUAACAUUUUGAGUUCCCCACAGACAGAAAUUGCGAAAGAAUAUGAAGGUGUUGACUCUUCUGGAAUUUGUAUCAGUGCACCGCCGGGUACGCCAUCGAGGUUACCGCCCAAAUCCUCUAUCGGUCCGCUGAUAGCCUCCUCAAAAACGAACUCGCUCCCGAACUAUGCUCUGCCGUCCUCAUUUCAGAGGCGCCAACAGUCAAUCACCGGCGGGAAAAUAAAAAUAGUGUCGCCAGAACUUUCUAGAAAGGUUGUCAUGAAACCCAGAAAGAAAUCCACUGAGAUUAGUGCUAAAGAUCGCCAUGUCCUCAUAUUACAGAGUUCCGUCGAACUUCUUGGACAAAAGGUGGAUCCGUUCAUGAUACUCGAAAAACUAGCAGAAGCUCAGUUACUUGAUCCAAAGGCACUGAAUAUCUACAGAAAUCCUUUGGACAGCCGGUACAUUAUUGAAAGCGUGGUGCAAACCGUGAUGGACUCGGAGUACCCGACGUUUUUACAGUUUUGUGAUAUCCUUAGGAGCGUUGCUGAUUUCACCACCGUCGCCGCUGUGUUAGACGCCAUGCGUGCAAUAUAUGACGUCAUAUAUGAGGUGCUAACUGGAGGCCCAGAGUCAUCGCCCAUAUUGGAUGAUGAAAAGUCGGUUUCGUUCGACGUUGUAUAUUACAGUCUGGACACCGGCAAAAUUCGAUCUGUGGUCGAGUUGGAGAAACUAAGAAACACAGAAAGCAAACGACAUUCUAGGGACCUUUUAUCCUUCAAGAGGAAUUCACGACUCUCUUUUCAGUCUCUCUCCAGUGAGGCGUCUAGUGUAUUUAGUGAAGACAUUAUCAUUAACGGGUUGCCCAUGGUAACCAUAUCUGUGUCGGGUCACGCGCUGUGUCUGUCGAAGGCCAUAGCACUUGCCGACGUCGUAAGAGAACAUGACAGUAUUUUGGAACUCCACAUCGGGAAAACGCACAUUCGUGGUACGGACAUGUCGCACAUAAGCGCCGCCCUUGUGGAGAAUUACUCCGUGCGGGUUUUAGAUCUGCGAUUAAACAAUAUCGGGAACGAAGGCGCGGCACAUCUUGCCAAAGCGUUAACGUCAAACAAGACGUUACGUCAAUUAAACCUGUCUUCUACGGGAAUCGACGCUGACGGCGUCAACUGUUUGGCGGACGCUUUACGUACAAAUGUAGGUCUGGAGGAUCUGGAUUUAAGUUUCCUCGACAUUGCCGACAGUGGGUGUGUGGCUUUAAGGGAUAUGUUGAAACAAAAUCGCUGUUUAAAGAAACUACGUCUGCGAAGUGCUAAUAUCGCUUGGAUGGGAUGUGGCCUUCUUCUGGAGGGUAUCGAAAUUGGGAAAGUGAUUUCAGAACUGGAUCUUAGUAGGAACUUUAUUGGCGAUGCCGGGGCCGACAUGUUACUUACUAACUUGAAGGACGACUCUUCCUUGAGGGACCUUAACCUUGAGAAUUGUGGUAUAACUGUCUCCGGAUGUUCGAUUUUGUCUGACGUCAUCUUAACGAACAAAUCCUUACGUCACUUGGAUCUAAGUGUGAAUUUCAUUGGGGACCAAGGAAUUGCGAAACUUUCCAACGCUCUGGUCAGAAACAAACAUAUCAAAACUCUCGGUUUGAAUAUGUGCGGCAUAUCGAACGACGGCUUCUCCAAGUUGUUGGAUAUUUUAGAAAGCAACACAACGCUCACGCUGUUGAAGCUCUGCUAUAAUCGCCUUGGAAAGGAACACGUCGACCCGGAAGCGACGUCAGACAACUUGAAGUACCGCAUUCGAAUCGUGACGUCAUCAAACCCGAAACUAAAACUUUUACUGUGGGGAAACACAUUUGAUGAACCACAUUCCUCUAGUAGAGUUACAGACAUAUCUAUGUGAUCAAUGUGUGUGUGUGUGUGUUUGUGUGUGUGUGUGUGUGUGUGUGUGUGUGUGUGUGUGUGUGUGUGUGUGUGUGUGUGUGUGUGUGUGUGUGUGCGUGUGUGUGUGUGUGUGUGUGUGUGUGUGUGUGUGUGUGUGUGUGUGUGUGUGUGUGUGUGUGUGUGUGUGUGUGUGUGUGUGUGUGUGUGUGUGUGUGUGUGACCCGAAAAGGCAACCGACAUUCUUUUUUAUACGGUCUAUUCCUCUAUGACGAAACUAACAUGCCUUCUAAACAGGUUUUACAUUGUGGUCACUGUAAUGUGUCUGAUUUUUGUACUACUGUCUUGUUAAAGUGAUUGCCAUUGGCUAUUUUAAGUUUUUUUUUCGGUAUCAGAUUGUGUGCGAUUGUAAAAUUUAAUUACAAUGUUCAGCAAUUGUACAUAACAUUUUCGAUAAAGAGCAUUUCAGUUGGCACAAUUAUAUAAUAAAUUAAUAAUUAAAAAACAACGUCGUAAUUCUAAUAAUUAAAUAUUUAAAACAAUCGUGUUCAUGUCUACGUCAAAUUGAUUUAUUUCGAUAUGAUGAAAUUAACAGUAUCUUUCUUAAUUAUGCUGUUAUUGAUAUACGUUCAUGUUCUUACGGAUUGACAGCGAUGCAAUUGUAUAGGGAUUUCAAUUUUGUAUGCAUGUAUGUUAAAUAUCACACCUCUAUGCAAUUCUGUUGAAAGCUUGCCAUUUUAUGAUUAUUGUGGAUAAUAAAUCAUAAACGUGUACAACACAUGCAAGCAUGUAUACUAAUAAUGCUUACGUUGCCAUACAAUGCACAAAACUGUUGAAUUUCCAAAAGUUCAAACAUGAUCUAUAUGCAGUUCUCUCUCAAAUAUCAUGGACACUUCUUUAUCGCUGUAUAUUUAAUGUCAAAAUAAUGAUUGUAUAGGGUUCUUUUGCCAAAACAUCCAAAUCACUAAAACUGCUCUGCGUCUCUGAUUUUUUUUUGUAUUUUAUUGUCAAUUUAAUAUUAUUUUAAUAUUUUUAACAAACUGUUUUGCUUCAUUGUUUUCUUAUAAUAUUUAUUAAACAUAUA